CAUUACUGCUAAUUAUACCAUUGUGUUUCUACAAUUCGCUAUGUUGUAACGUACCUACUAGUUUUAUUAAUAAUCACUUAUAUAAAAUAUUUAUUUAAUUAGUGAGAAAAUUAGAAGUAUUUGUGCAAUCAUGCCUAAUAAAAUAUCUUACAUACUAACAAGACUAAAUAAAAUACAAAGAUUGAGCUGGAAUUCUGACAUCUAUAAAACAUCUAUAAACAUACAUUGCGAGGCUAAUCAUGUUUCAAAUGACAUUUUAGAAGAAGAUUUAGUAAAAGUAUUUUCUCCCUUUUAUCGUCUUCAAAAAUUGCUGGGAGUUUGCAGAGUGGACACAAGAGAUAAUAUAGUGACCAGUCUGAAGAUGUCGCAAAAACUUUACACGUGCCUGUUUUUAAUAAUAGCCCCAAUCUUAGUAAUAUCGAUGAUGCUGCUCUAUCUAGAUCGAUACAAUAAUUAUAAAAUGCUUCAAGAAGUCAUAACAUUCAUGUCAUAUUUAGAAAUAAUAUUGUACAUAUGCAAUGUUACUAAUUUAAGAUUUUUCAACAAUGUUGAUAACGUGAAUUUUCUGCUUAAAAUGCAUAAAAUUGACUGUCUCAUGAAGAUCGAAAAAAACAAUCUUUUGACUAGUAUAAUGUACAAGGAGAACAGAAACACUGUGCUAGUUUUGAUCGUUUUGUACCUGGGGUUGUGUGGAAUACUUAUAUUUAACGAAUGUGUAAUUUUCUUGACUGCUUUUGGCGUGACUUACAUUCAGCUGACUUAUAUGUUGGAAUUUUUACAUUUCUCGUGCCUUAUGUUUUGCUUCACGACACGCUUAAAAUUCUCAAAUGCAAUAAUUAUGAACCAUUUAAAGCCUGAGAGUGUACAUAUAACAACGACAAUGCCCAUCAAGAAGCUCAUGAGGAGAUUAGCCGCAGAUAAUAAUGACUUCGUCGAUUGCAGAAUAGAAAAUUAUAUAAAAGAAUUAAUAAACUGCUUUUACGAGUUUCAAAACCUUUUCCAGUAUCAGAUCCUUCUAUUUUUCUUAAAGAUGUUCUUCAGCUGCAUGUGUUACAUGCAUUUUCUUAUUGUUUCACUAAAAGACCAUAGUCUUCGGUUAAUAGAUACGUAUAUAAUGAUAUUUUUAUUCAUUAUUGACGGCUUACUUAUAAGUUUAGCCUGCGUCCGAUGCGAGGCGUUUUACAGAGAAGCAAAAACUACAAGACGCUUGUCCAUAUCGGUUUUAUCAAUUUAUACUGACGGGCCAAUAAGAGAAAAAGCAAGAACUAUUUUAAAAACACUAGACGAAAAGCCGCCUGUAUUCUCCGUGUACCAGAUAUGGAAUUUGAAAGCCGAUACUAUGGUGCAUGUCACUGGAAUUCUGACGACAAUAUUUUUCAAUGUUUUACAAUUUAAUUAUCUAUGAACGUGAAUACAACAAAACAGACCGUAAAAAUGUUCAAAGUCUAGCCUAGCAUUUUAUGAAGUCAUAGUACUUACCAGAGAAUGUUUAUUUGUACACCAAUCGAGUUCUGUCGACAGCCUAUUUUAACCUAAUAUAGCGUAGGUAUAUUAGAUAUAAAGGGCCUACAAAGUUUGAAAAGCCUAAUAUAGCGAAUACAAAACAUUCUAUAUCGCUUCCUUAGUAAUAAAAUGAGUGUCUCUAAACAUU